GAUGGCGGUGAACUUUUGUUUUUUCGUUAUAUCUCUUAGUAUUCGAGCUGAUCAUAGUUAACUUAGCAACUUGCCAGUGCUGUGUAUUACAAUAGGUGAUUCCCGUAUGAGUUAGCUUAUGUAACGUUCUGCAGUGUUUGUUUUGGUUUUCGUAUCUAUCUCGCGCGCACCUUAGUACGAUACCAUUGUAAAGAACGUCGGUUUGCUCGCGAGACUGUUUUUACUCUCUCGCUACCAUAGAGGCAUUCGUUUGCCGCACGUAGCCAUAAUCGUCACAAACAUCAUUCUACUGCCCGCACAGAAGCAUCAAAACUAUAGGCUGUGACAGAAUAAAAGUAACAUUGUGGUGGGUAGAGCAAAGGGAAACAAAUCUUGCUACACGUCGGUAAGGAAUUCUGUACGGAUGCAGUUCAGUUAGCGUGGAAAAUAUUUGCAGGCAAAUUGUAUUACAGUUAAUACGAAUUCUGAAGGAGGCGAAAUGGCAAGUUGAAGGCGCCGUGCCGAUAACCGGCAGCUAUUUUCAACACUAAACAGCGAUGAAACUCUAGAAACAGAUUGCAUGGGUGCAGCAAGGCAGACCAGUCCUGCUAUACGAUCUCAUCCGAUACCAGCCGCUAAGCGUGCCCUGUACCAGCGUCUGUUGCUUAAGCACUACCGAACAGGCACUCGUAUCAUCAAACGGCUUCCACCACCUGGUAUACCGAACGGUGGGCGCUGGAGGCUGCGGAAUCUCUACUACCGUCUGAUGCACAAACGGUAUCUGGAGCACCGAUUAAAUGCUCAUCAUCGGGGUUUUCGCCUAGUGCUGAAUAAGCGUGUUGGGCUGCCUCAAGUACAAGGAACGAUUCCGAACUACUUCCGGAAGUGUAUGCUGAAGCAAAGGCGCUUGGAAAAGAAUACUGAUACAGAUGGAGAGGAAGUGAAUGUUUCAUGUAUUAGUGAAGCUACCUUGGUUACUAACGACAACAAUAUCGACGACGACUGUAUAUUGUUGGAUGAACAAGACCAACGAAAGCUGAGACCAACAAAACACAUAGAAAUUCCUGAUCCAACAAAGUUUUCGGUGCUAAAGCAAGAGAUCAUAGAGUAUUGUGAGGUACAAGAGAAAAUACAAAUUGUGCUCUCAAUGUUGAGGUCUCGAGCCAAAGAGUUGGAGUGCGAUGCCGAUGAGGAUGAACAAAUCCAAGUACAACUCGAGGAACCUAUUGCAUCCACGAUAACAUGUGAAGAACCCGAGUUCGACACUGCAGAAUUGGAAUCUUUAGCAGAGAAGUAUUACGAUGAUUCUGAUGAUGACGACACCAAAGAAGGAAUCAAGAAAGAUUCCGGUGACACGGAAGAAGCAGAAUCGAAACCAGAAAUUCUGUUUGUGGAUGCAAAUGUUUUUGAAGAUGACAGUUCCGAAGCAACAAUGCUGCAGCAAGUGGAUUCGAAAGAAAACGUGAUACAACUCAAAAGCCUGAAAGACAUUUCCAAGACAGAUUUGCUCGAUCCAACGUUUAGCACUAUUAAGUUGGAGCCUGUGGAUAAAAAGAAUUCAGUUGUUGAUUCGUUGUUCAAUAAGUUCAAUUUGAAGCUCCCAGAUUCCCCAUCAAAAGCAACGUUGAAUCAAUCGGCAGAGGAUGAGGAAUCCAUGAUAGGUCGACUACGUGAUCGCAGUAAGAUUGCUACGAAACCACGAUAUGUAGACGAAGAUGAACCGAAGAAAAUCCGUCCGUCAAAGAUCUUCGAUAAAAUCCAUAAAAGCCUCAAUCUCGAGUUGGAUAAUACAAAUUCCAACUCAUCUUCAGAGUUCUACGGGUUUGAUGAGGGAGAGGUAGUUAAAUUAGAUAAACCUAGCGUUCCAGGCCUACUGCCGACACCAAUAGUAAAAAAAUCCCGACCAAAUGCUCCAUUUCUUGCGCAUGGUACUUCUUUCGAGGAUAUUAAAAUAGAAAAUCGCGAUGAUCUCUUCCGGGAAGAGGGUUUGAUUUCGUUUGGCUCGCUGCCGCCACGGCUAAAAUGUCCCCGACGUCCAGACGAUAUGGUUCGCCCUAGAACGGUUGCUCAAAAACGUAUUCUUCUGCAAAAAAAGAAUGACGUCCGCUACCUCAUGAUAGAUAACGAAUCUAAAAUUUUUCACGAGUUAGAAAAACGCAGCAAAAAUAUUGAUGCCGAAUUGGACUUCGAACGCAUGUUAGAGCUGCAGAACCAAAACAUCCCUUUUACCCGCGAUACUUGGCGAGCUCUUGCCUGGUUACGAACCGAAAAAGGAAAAUACUUCUUCCAAAGUCUCCGCGUUGACAAUCACUCCAUAAAACUGAGCGGCUGCAAAGGCAAUCAUGCCAGCAAACGACACGGCAAGAAACAGUUCUCUGUUCCUCCAACAAUUUCCCGUAAACUAUCGUGCCGCUGUCCUGAGCUACUAGAAAACUACAUUCAAGAUAUCAGUGCGAGUAUUCAGCCAUCAUCUAAGGUCAAAAUUGAACCUGAAGAAACCGAAACUGUUGCUUUUGAGCCAGAUAAGAAGCUACUCUGCAACGACAUCAGUCGAGCAACGUCUAAAAUUCGUCCAGGUCCUCUUUCAUCCAAACUGAGCUACAAUCAGGAAUCAAGAACCAUAACCGAAGAAGAUGCAUAUCUCGGACCACUGGAAAUUCUUGAAAUGCCUCGUGUUGAGAUUGAAGUUUUCCCACGAAUUGAUCGCCCCCUAGACCCAGCCGUAAAGCCAUACCUUAAAAUGAUUCUACCCUUCCGUGGAAUCACUGAAAAAUGGGCACGAUUUGCUGUGUCUACUUUGAAAACGCCAGACCGCGAUGAGGACGAAAGUUCAUUUUCAUUUUCACUGCCAUAUAAUAACAAUCAGCACCGUUUAUUGAUACGGCGUCGCCUGCUGGAAGAAACUCCCGGCCGUUCACGGUUACUAUCUUCAGCGGAAAAUCGCCAGAAGUUCGAGGCUGAAUUAGAACAACCUUUAUCGUUUCGCAAGCAUUUGGAUGUUGGUGAUGAUAAGCUUAAACAAAUUGAUCCGGUCGAGAAAGAGUGUGCCGAUAUUUUGUCAGAGAUGACCAACGCUAUUGCCAUAGGACUUGCCGAUGAAUUGUUUAUUGAUCAGGAUCCCGAUUGCGAUUACGGCAAGGAGGACAAGCCGCUCAAUAAAACAGCUAGUACAGCUAUUUCUGGGGGCGCUGAUGCGGGAAAAACUAGCGAGUGUGCUGCCAAGUCGAAACGGAUGCUUCGUGAAAUGAAGCGGCUGAAUGCAACCAUUAUCGAGACUAUUCCGGAACCCAGCAGUGGUGCAGGCACCGAUUCUAAACUAUGCUGUAAUGAACAGUAUUGCUCAAAAGGCUGCAUAUGCGACGUAUUGCUUGGUGGUCGACCUAAGACUAUGCUUGGCAGUAGUGUUCUUAGCGGGAGCAAACAUUGCAACAAAAUUGACUGUAUUUUUGAAUGCGAAUGUGGCUUCGAAUCCAAAUUACGAACGGCAGGACCGGCUGGAAUGGAAGACAUGUCAAAUGACCUUAGUUCACUAUCUAAUGAAGAUGUCAAGUAUUUGCGGGAAAAAGCGACCGCGCGAUUGGCCAAAGAGGAGCGGGAGUUCACGCCAACCGUGAUUAUGACCACUAACAGUACCGUGCUUGUUCGAAACACGGAAAUGGAUGCUCGACGGCAUAAAAAGAAACCGAAAAAGUACGACGAUUAUUACAACGGAGAUAGUGUGAAGAAUAUCUUGAAUGGAAUAAUUCCUUCAGAGUCGGAACCGAACCUUCGUGAUACGUCGGUAGAUCGUACGGGUAAAGGAGCUCCAGUAGCUGUUGUUGAUCGCCCGUUAAGUACUCUAGAUAAGCUUCGACACAGCCACGUAGUGCUCAAUCGGCUGCAGGAUUUGAAUGACAUUGAACCGUGGUGCAUGAUCCACUGUCUUUAUAGGUGCUACUGUAAAGGAAAUGCAACUGCAGGCAAACCAUUCAAAUUUAAUGAAGAAAGCACUAUCGUAUUGCCAACUCCAGUGAUUACUCCACCGGAUCCGUUAUUACAAGUGUACGAACCACGUCGAAGACGGCUGUAUUCCUUUGAAAAACCCGGCGAAGAAGUAGUAGUUAUACCCCAGCCAACGCGUAAACGAGACAGUUCUGAGGAGUCAUACAAACCAUGGAACGAGCGUAGAAAGAAAAAACGCCGUACAGAAGAAAAUGCACUUCAGCGAAGCUCGUUAGACGAUAAGAAAUGCGGUGAAUCGGUAACAAUAUCGAGUAAAGUUUCGGACGAAAAUGUACCCUCUGAUGAAGGUUUAACAUGCCGGCGAGUAGUUUCUGUCAAUAGAAGUUAUUAUAAAACAAAAAACUAUUACAGAAAGGAACGCUACCAACGUGACAUAGAAGAAUUGAAACGGAAAAAUCCCCACGCUGAAAAAAGACUAAAGUUCCUUCUAGAACGUUGUGAGAAAGCGUUUUUAAACGAACGGCGGAGAGGAAUUGAGGCGGCUUCUCAAAAAGCAGCUUCAAAGACGAGAACAAUUAGCGAACGGGACAAACCCGGACAAACAGGUGAUCCCAUUCACAUCGACAUAGUUGGAGGUGAUGAUAAGCUCGCAAAUCAUAGUUUGUUCAGUCCACUAUUGGACACCAAUAAGGUUCUCAUUUCCUGUGGAAAGAAGAAGUAUUAUGUGGAGAGCGAUGCAAUUCGAAAUGGUCAAGUUAAUUUGAGUAGCAUUGCGAAAAAAUUUCGUACAACGGUAUACGUGAUUAGAAAAGUUGCGAAACAAUCACAUGCCAAAAGCAUCACAUUCAGCUACAAGAAUGAAACAAUCGUUUUGCAUGGUCGAGCUUACCGCCGAAACCAACCGUACGAGUUGGCAGCAGAUGAGCAUGUGGAUUUGAAUAACUGCGACAGUGAUGAACACUCCAGCACUCCAUCGCUUGUGCAGGAUUCUUCCGGGGAAACUGAUGCUCAAAAAUUGAUGCUUGAUCAGGUGAAUUCAGACAUAAUGCACACAAUGCAGCAUAUUCGCGAUAUGUUGCGAAAAAAUACCGCAAAAUUGAAUCCACCAAAGAAGGGUAUACUCUAUCUGUUUCGAUGGGAUAAAUUUCUGCGAGCAUUCAACGAAGAAACGGUUGAUGUUUGGGAUAUAACAUUCCAAAAUGGCUCGGAACUAGUAGUCAUUACAUCAGACAAUGGCAGAAAAACCCCUCCUACUUUCAAAAACUCCAAAUCCGUUCGACAAACCCGUCGUUGUACAUUAGAAACUCAGGGUGUUUCAUUGUUGUCACAAAUGGUACUGUACCAGAUAGAUAAUCCCGAAACUAACAAGUUAUCGCUAGUGCUUUUUGGAACAGAAAACUACUGGCGGUUCAGUGGUUUCAUCAAAUCCGGCAGUAACACCUUAGAUCAAGGUAUAGAAGUACGGCCGACUCCAGUGUCACAUCCAAAAUUAGCACCCAAAAUUAAUCGAUAUUUUGAAGCGUAUGUUGCCAGUAAGAAAAACCAAACCGCGGCAGCGGUUGCUGCUGUAUCUAAGCAUGUACCAAAAUCCGAUACAGUACCCAUUCCAAUCAAACGAGAAGAUGAUAGUUUGCCUCAAUCAAUCCAAGAAAUGAAUAGAAAAUCGUCAUCCGGAACAAUACCACCAAAACUACUUAGCAUCAAAACCAAUGUAAAACUAAUGGAGACGAAAAUUAAAGACUUCAAAAAUAUUGCCAUUCCAAAUGUUGGCACCCGUCGUUGGUUCAUGUUGAAUGUGAUAAAUGAUUUCAGCGAUAUAUACAUCCCAAGCUGGAAGUCCUGUCUUACGUACGGCCGGAUCCAGCAGGCGAUUCAUUUGGCCAACCGGUACGGCAAAACCGUUAAGUUGACGUCGAUUGUGAUGAAAAACAAGCAAGAGGAUGUGUUGCCUCAAAUUUACGCUGCUCCGGGCCAAGGCAACUGCAUCUUUCUUGGACCGUACAAAUACACACAGAACAUCGAUCUGAUGCUGUGCCAGAAUGUGGACGGUAAAAUGUUCACCAGGGAAGAGUACGAAAAAAGCAAUCACAUUGUCCGAACGGAACAGACCACCGGGUCGUGGCUGUACAUGAAGCCGAGCGUUGCGUCGCAAAACAUGCAAGUCAUGUCCUCUCCAAAACCAGAAACUGCACCAUGUCCAAGCAGCGACGAGUGUGUCGUAAUCGAUGAUGAUGACGAUGGCGAUGAGAACAACAAGGUUGAUCCAUUGGCGCAAGUUACUCCAAACUUAUCGAAUCAAUCAGAAAUAGAUGUUCUGGACACGUAUAAAAACAACAGUCAGCUAGAGUCGCUGAUCCACCAGCUGUAUGACGAUUCAGAUUCCGACACUGAUUCGAAGACGGAAACUUUAUCAUCCCAGCAACCGGUACCUGAAACGAUCAUCCCCGAUAUUGAACACACCCCUAAGAAUCAACUUUCGAAGCUUGUUGAAAAAACUAUCGCCGAAAGUAAACAGCUGCAGGUGAAAGCAACAUCGGUUGAAUGUCCUCCUGUUAAACGAUUAUCUAACGAUUCUAUCACACCAGUUGAUACGCAAAAGAAUGCGGUAAUCCAAUCUGCCGUUAGCAUACAACAGACACCUGCCCCUCUAAAACGUAAAUCCACGAGUGAAAUUGAACAAAAAACUUCAGCAACUGAAAAAGCGAAGAAAAUGCGCACUUCAUUACCUACGCCAACUGCCUCGCAUGCCUCAGCUGAUGAUGUUGUAUGUCUUGAUGACGACGAAGAUAACAGUGCAGACGCAAAUCGGAAAUUUUCGGCGCCACCAUCCAGCACGAAAAUACCUUCCAGUACCACGAUUCUCAACAGUCAACAGGCGGCUUUGAUAGCAAGCAAAAUCAACCUACUUAACCCGAGUCAGAAGGGUGUCGUGUAUAAUCCUUCAACGGGAGUUUUACGAAUAAAACGAUCCCUCAUGAACAGCAUAACCGAAGGUUCUUCUCUAGCUAUUCCCACUGUCACGGCUAGUAGUUCUAAAGCGCAACCUGUCAGUAGUUCGAAAGUACAAGAAGUAGCCAAUUCUUCUAGUUUGGUUCCGAGCUCUAUUAUUACCCCACCGACAACACCUCAGGCACCGCUAACGCAGAAAAGCUCGGUGUACAAGAAGGAUGGACGCGUUGUGCCACCAAGGAUCCCUGUCGAUGGAGUGAUGCGUAGUAACAUUCCUGGUCUGGGCUUGGUUCCGGUAACAUGGUCCUCCAGAGACAUCGUAGUUAAGGUGCGCGAACUGUCCGUUAGGCAUCAAUUUGUGCGACUAGCAAACUUCGAAGCAGCUGUUUUGUUACUAAAUCGGUUUAUUCGUAAAAACACGUACACCUUCAAACCGUUCUCUUUAACCAUCGGUUGGAAGUUCGAAGAACGAUCAACACCUUUGCCAUCGGAGGAGAAUCUAAUUAGCACCAUCAGCCUGAGAUGUAUUGUUUCUACGGAUGGAGUGAUAGAUCUGUACAAAGCAAGUGAAAUCCUUGCCUUCCAGAGUUCAAAACCUAACUUUUACGAGGAACUUCUGCUAUUACGACUGUCGAUACUUUGCUGUAAAAAGGAACAAUAUGAAAAGGAGAUGUGUCACAAGUACUUCGAAAAUAUAUUUAUUAAGGCUACAAACACGAUUAAGGAGCUGAAGUCGGCAUCGGAGGCGCUUACGACGCAGAGUGACUUCCUGCGCGAGCAACAAACGAAGCGACGAUUAUAUUUGAAGAAACUGAAGGCCAACGCGAGCGUUCAAUCGCUGUCAGUAAUCUCGAAACGAGUUUCUGUACCGCAAGCUGUGCUGGACCGUAUGACGAAUCCGAUCUCAGCAAAGCAAACCUCGAUAGCCGGCAAGGUCUGCGAACAACCAAGACAAAAAGAAACUGUGAUUGUAAUCGAUGAUGAUUAGGUUCCUUGUUUUCCAAACGAUUACCCUGGCGUUGCAUGAAUGGGGUAAGUGUUAACUAUUUUAGAUUCUCUUUUUCACGUUGAAAACGAUUCUGUUAAAAUAUAAAUCCAAAAAAAGAUGCACUAGUCGAUUGAUUGAGUUUAUGUCAAUUAAAUGUAAUUGACAUUUUUUUCAAUUUUUUACGACACUUCUAAUGGUUCAGCCAUACCUUUAUCAUUUGUAAAUAACGUGAAAAACGCACCUCUACUUAUCGAGAUAACGAUUUAGAUCUUGAUUAGCACAGAAAACUGUCUUGCUGUACAGUAAGUGAAUAGUAAAACUCGAACGUUUUUGUUUCGUAGAUUUUGAAGUAAGAAAAAUUACAUAGACUACGUAGACAUUGUAAGCAUCACAAUAGAUAUAUAGAAAAUUACAAA